GCUCGUGAGCCUGGAGCCAGGGUUCCGCUGUCGUCGAGGGAACGGAACCCCAUUUCUGUGGUUAACAGACCGGCCAACCAUCUAGCUGCUCAAGGGGCGAAGGCAGCCAUGGCGAAGGAGGCGGUGGAGGACGAGUCAGAGUUCUACUCGAAGGCGGAGCGGUACUGGAAGGCGGUCCCGGCCACCGUGGACGGCAUGCUGGGCGGCUACGGCCACAUCUCCAGCCUGGACAUCGCCAGCUCCAGGGCCUUCCUGCUCCGCUUCCUCAAGGAGGGGCCCAACCGGACGGGGACCUCCCGGGCGCUGGACUGCGGGGCGGGCAUUGGCCGUAUCUCCAAGCGCCUUCUACUGCCGCUCUUCCGCGAGGUGGAUCUGGUGGACGUGACGGAGGGCUUCCUGGACCAGGCCCGGGACUUCCUGGGGGAGGAGGCCCGCCGCGUCCGAAACUACUUCUGCUGUGGCCUCCAGGACUUCAGCCCCGAGCCCGGGGCCUAUGACCUCAUCUGGAUCCAGUGGGUCAUCGGCCACCUGACGGACGACCACCUAGCGGCCUUCCUGAAGCGCUGCCGGCAAGGCCUGCGCCCCAACGGCCUCAUCGUCAUCAAGGACAACAUGGCGCAGGAGGGGGUGGUGCUGGACGAUGUGGACAGCAGCGUGUGCCGCGGCCUGGAGGUGGUGCUGGGCAUCGUGCGGCGGGCGGGCCUCCGCCUCCUGGCCCAGGAGCAGCAGCAGGGCUUCCCAGAUGAGAUCUACCACGUCUACACCUUGGCCAUGAGGUGAGCAGCCCCAGGAGGGAAGGAUGGACGAACAAACGGAGGGAGCGCCAGCCCCCCCCCCCCCCCCCCCCCCCCGGAACAGACUCAGAGGGGGCCCAGGCAGUCCGGACAUCUGCCAGGACGGUUUACGACAAGACGAGAAAGUAAACAUUGAACACCAGCUGCUGCUGCUACUGUUUCCCUUUUUUAUUGUUUGGUCAAAUAUAUACUUAUGAGUUUGCAGGGUA